UUGGGGGAGGGUGGCAGAGCUGCCGCCGCCAUGUUGGAUCUAAGGCAGCCGCUGUAGCCAGGGGGCGUGCCGAGCGGUAUCUGCCUCUGCUGGGAGGGACAGGGGCGUCAUGAGCUGGGGCACCCCUUACCUCGGCAGCAACAUUAGCCUCAUCUCUAAAGCGGAGAUCCGCUAUGAGGGCAUCCUCUACACCAUCGACACCGAGAACUCCACUAUAGCCCUCGCCAAAGUUCGAUCCUUUGGUACAGAAGACAGACCAACAGAUCGGCCCGUACCACCUCGAGAUGAAGUCUUUGAAUAUAUUAUCUUCCGUGGGAAUGAUAUUAAAGAUCUGACCGUUUGCGAGCCUCCCAAACCACAAUGUUCUUUGCCUCAGGACUCAGCUAUCAUUCAGUCUUCGCUAGGUUCGUCUCCGUUCCAGUCAGUGGGUUCCUACGGACCUUUUGGCAGCAUGCCCAUGUACAGUCAGUUCAGUCUAAGUUCAUUGGUCGGGCAGCAGUUUGGUGCUCUUGGUGUUGCUGGAAGCUCCUUGCCAUCCUUUGGAAUGGAGACAUCAAACAGUGAUACCUUAUCCCAAAGUAGUGCAAUUGGUUCUGCCUUUAUACAGGAUACAAGAACUAUAAAAACACAGUCAUUUCAAGGUCGUUCAAGCCCUCAGUUAGACCCUUUGAGAGAAAGUCCAACCAUGGAACAAGCAGUACAGACUGCCCCGGCCCACUUACCUGCUCCAGCACCUGUUGGGAGAAGGAGCCCUGUAUCAACCCCGCCUUUGCCAUCUACCGGCCAAAAAACAAUAGAGAAUCAAGAGCACAAGCAAGCUGAAGUACCCAACGUUUCAAGGUCAGAAAAUGAGCAACUCAGAAAUCAUAGUAAGAGACAAGUAGUUCCAGGUGCUUCGUCAGCUCCAAGAAAAGGGCGUGGGGGUCAUCGAUGUGGCAGGAGAUUUGGUAUUCAGCGAUAUGGUCCAAUGAAAUUUGAGAAUGACUUUGACUUUGAACGUGCAAAUGCACAAUUUAACAAGGAGGAGAUUGACAGAGAGUUUCAUAAUAAACUGAAAUUAAAAGAAGAUAAACUUCAGAAAAAAGAGAAGCCAGUAAAUGGUGAAGGUAAAGGAGUUGAUACCCAAAACAGUGAAGAAGACACUGAUGAAGAAGAUCCACUUGGACCUAAUUGCUAUUAUGACAAAAGUAAAUCCUUCUUUGACAAUAUUUCUUAUAAUAUUAAUAGGGAACAGAGGCCAACCUGGGCUGAAGAAAGAAGAUUAAAUGCUGAAACAUUUGGAAUUCCACUUCAUCCAAACCAUGGUGGUGGGAGGUACAGAAGCAGAAGAGGUCUGAGUUUCCGUGGCAACAGAAGGCCUAGUGGUGGCAGAGGUGGCACAUUUACUACCCCUCGAGGAUUUCACUGGGGUUUUCACCGCGGAUUCCGAAGAGGGCACUGGGGCAGGGAGUUUGCAGAUUUUGAAUACAGGAAAAACAACAAAGUUGCUGCAUAGUCUACAACAAGUCUUUGAAAAUAGGUGAAUUUCUAUCCCUUCAUGGUUCUGAAAAUUGGUGUCAGUACUUAUGAAGAAUGAAAAAGUGAAUUUUCUGUAUAUUUGUCACUUGCACUGUUUUUUUUUUUCAUUUUUUAAUUUUUCUGUGUAAUUUCAAAGAUACAGUGCAGUUAGUUUUGUGGGGAGGAAAAUUCAUUUUAAAAAAGGAAUAGUAAAUGUAUUUAGAGUACUAGAAGUCUAUAUAUAAGAAGAUUCUUAUGAAGGUUCUUAUAUAUAGUUAAACUAAAGCAGUACUUUGAUUUAACUUAUAAGUAUUUUUCAUCAUUGAAAGGAUUUUUCUUAUCACUAAAUUGUAUUUGGCAAUUUCUGCAAGUUAUCUACAGAUAAGGCAGUGAUACUGUGUUUUCAGCCAUAGAAGGUUUUAUAUGUGUGUACAUGUCUGUGUGGGUGUGUUUAUCUUUCUUUUCAGAAAUCCUGUAAUAUGAGGUAGAUUAUUUUGUCAAUUAGGGUGCUGGAUGGUAGAAAAUUUGUCAACUGUAUAUACACAGUAAAUACUAUUCCUUAGGCCAAUGUUAACUUUUUAGAUAGUUGUAAAAUUCCAUUAUAUUCCACUGUGAAAGAAACUUUAUGAACUUUGUAUAGCUGUAUAACAAAACAACUAACUUUUAAUUUAAAGAAUAAAUAUUUAAAGUCAGCAAAUGUGUGUCUUGGGAGAAGUUGAUGUGCUCAGGAGUAGAGUUAACAAAUGGGUCUUUUUUCUUCUUACUUUUCCAAGCUAAAGAUUUUUUAAUUUCUUAUUUAAUUUUGGAACAUAAAUGAAGAUUUGAUACAUAUUUUCAUUAUCUAAAAAGAACAAACUAUUUAUGCUCAGUGUAAGAAUUCAUUUUUUAGCCAAUGGCAUAUCACAGGAUUUCUCCAGAUAAUAGGUAUUUUCAAUAUACGAAUGCAAGCAUUCAUAGGUAAGAAUGUGCUUAGCUGUACUUUCAAAGAAAUAAUCCUUCACCCUGGGUGCUAACCAUUUUUUUCCUAAUAUGCCUAGAAUUUUGUUUGUUAUAACAUUGACUCAUUCUAUUAUAUUUUGGGAGGAUUGAAAGUGUUCAAGAUUAUUUAGAUGAUCUGCAACACAUCAUGAACACUGGUCCUUAGGCCUGUUACCUACAAAUGACAUUUUAGAGUUCAUCCCCAAUUAUAAAUUACUAAUAAAUCUUUUUGAUAUUUUGAACUAUAUAGAAAAACAAUCUGGCCAUUUAGGGGUUAUUAUGAAGCCAGAGAAUAAAGAGUUUCAAAGAUUUAAA